AUGAAGGGCGCCCACAGAGCCGCUUCGCAACUAUGGGCAUCGACCAGGCGCAAACUAUUCCCGCGUGGUGAUGAUGAUGAAUCUCACUUUCUGAAACUCGAUCCUCACUGUCAUACCUAUCAGGAAUCCGUUGAUUCGACCCUGUUCGGCGACCAGCAGGAUGGCUUCUAUAAGUACUCUCGGGAUUUGCUACAGACAAGCGGGGAGGAAAACUACAGAAGAUUGGCGGAAGAGAUGGGGUUGCGCUCGUCGGGCAGUACUGCGGUAUCCUACGCAUCAGCUCAAAUGGUUCCGAUCGAACGUCCCGCCCUUCCCUACGCAAUUGGGUCUCCUGACUGGAGUCUGGUCAAUGGCUUGGUUAGAUACAUGGAUCCAUCUGGUAAUGAGGAUCUUACAGACUGGAUCGAAAGUGUGAUGAAGGUCUACAAGAAAGUCUACGCCAUUGCCAAAUUUGUCGUCGUAGUGUUCUACUUCUACAACGUUGACUUGGACGAUAAUGAAGGCCUGUUAGCACAUAUCCGGAAGGCAGAGGAGCUCGCGACGUCCAACAGUAUCAAAGAUCUGGUCAGAGCUGUGGAGACUCUGUAUUACUCCUUGUACGCCAAGCUGAUCAUGGAAAUCGCGAACGCCGAGCUAUGCUCUUACUUUCACCUUGGGAUCCCCCGCGUCACGACCAAGGAUGAUUUUAUGCUUCCCGAGCAGCAUAGCACAAUGAAGAUGUUGCUGGUCUGUAAGGAAUCCCUAGACAGUCCAUCCGUGUGCCUGAUUUUCAGCAAGGACAUCUUGCGUCAACACCAAGCUGGGCUUGUCCGUCGAGCGGUGAAUACGCUGAGGGCGACUGGGUUCUCGCUUGAUGACCUCGUCGGAUACCGUCGGUCCACCCUGGCCUUGCUGGCAAAUCCAGAAUCGGAGUUCCGCCAGAAAUGGGACGGCCCGGGCCUCACAUAUCAGAUGCCCCCUAGAGAGGUUCUCAUUGUUGGGUCAGAGAAGUAUCUGUCAUUCGCCCCUAGGGACGCAAUUCGCACCAAGGUCCCGCAACUACGCCUGCGUUUCGUGGAAGAAAAAUCGGUAGACUCAGCGGCGUGGGAACGUGAGACUAUCCUCGGGCACCGUCAGGCAGUACUAGCCAUACUGGAAAGCAGAGUUAUCGGUGAAAUUCGACGUACGGAUGAGCGACGUGGUCUGAUCGAUUAUGCUCGCGAGAGAAGAUGUACCUGUAGAUCACCCUGCAGCUGUGCGAUGGCCUGUACCAUGAACCCCGAGCGUGUUUGUCCUUGUGCCGGAUGGAACUUGACCGUCAUGACAUUAGAGAAUCGCCGGAACUUUCCACACUUGAAGCUCGGUUCGCGGUGUAACAUCCUCGCCAGGAGCAUCUUCGAGGCAGUAUCGACCAUCCGGGACGAUAAAGACCUCUGCUAUCUCGCAGUUGAGAUGAAAGCGGGCAUGGUGCCCAAGUCGCUUGCUAGCUCGAUUGUGUGCUCCUCUUCCUCCUCCUCUUCCUCCUCCUCCAUCAUCAUCCCCUCAUCUCCCUCGUCAGCCUUUAGACGCAGCCCACUGUGGAGCGCGCACUGCAGGGUCUCCCCAACAUCCGCAGUGCCGGUGCGGCGAUAUCGAGCCGUUUGGCCAUCCUACGGCAUCACCACGCCGGUUCCAGAUCUUAACCCACAUUUCCCCAUCUCGCAAUCUCCGUAUUGCUUCCAGACGGGCUAUGCCCUUUGCGCCAAACGCGCGCCGCGGCCGUUCCCCCCACCGUUCCUCUCUCCCCCGUCAUCUUCCUUUUCCGACCCCCUGACCACCCACUACCUCAGUCAGGAUAAGAGAUUAUCCGUUCGGGGUGAUCUAGUCCGGGGCUUGAACAAUGGGGACGAUGCCGUUCUAGUCGCCGACAAUUAUCUGGCUGUUAAUGAUGGGGUAGGAGCGUGGGCAACCAAGCCCCAGGGCCAUGCAGCUCUCUGGGCCAGACUGCUCCUUCACUUCUGGGCGCUGGAGGUUGAGCGCGUUUCCAACACGAGUACGCAACUCGACCCCAUCGGCUACCUGCAACGGGCCUACGAGGAAACCAUCCAAGCGACCAGCUCCCCGGGCCAAUGGCUGGGCACGACCACUUCAGUCACCGCCCUGUUACAUUGCACGCGCGAUCAUGCAGGGAACACGAACCCGCUGCUGUAUGUGACCUGUCUCGGCGACUGUAAGAUCUAUGUCAUCCGGCCCCGCGAUAAAACGAUGCUCUUCCGCACCCAGGAGCAAUGGCACUGGUUUGACUGUCCGAUGCAGCUGGGCACGAACAGCGUCGACACGCCGAAGAAGGACGCGGUGCUCAGCAAGAUCGACGUGCAGGAGGGCGACAUCGUGCUCGCGGUCUCGGAUGGCGUCGUGGACAAUCUCUGGGAGCAUGAGAUCCUGACGGUCGUUCUUGAGAGCCUCGACAAGUGGCACCAAGGGCGCUAUGACAACAAGGAAAUCGAGUGGGCGCCGCCGGAGGUGCUGGCCCACGAGCAGAUGGUCUAUGUCGCUAGGGAAUUGCUGCGGGCUACGUUGGAGAUUGCGCAGGAUCCCUUCGCGGAGAGUCCAUAUAUGGAGAAGGCAAUCGACGAGGGUCUGGCCAUUCAAGGUGGUAAGGCCAAACGCUCCAAGAAGUACCGGAAGCUGAUGCACCAGUAUGAGCUCACAUUCGGAUUCCGUGAACCGUACCAAGUUCUGGUGGAUUCGAAUUUCCUGCGCGCAGUGCACAGUUUCAAGAUGGAGUUGAUCCCGGCGCUGGAGCGCACCGUGCAAGGGAAGGUGAAGCCGCUCCUCACGAAAUGCUCCCUCGCCGCUAUCAUGGCCAACCAACCCCUCCACCCCCGCACCAACAACCCGAUGCGUCCCCAUUUCCUGCCCCCGCCGACGGAAGUGCCCCUCCGGCACUGCUCGCACAACGAGGACUCGACCCCGAUCGACGAGGUCGAGUGUCUCCUGUCGCUGCUGUCGCCGACCACGGCGGUGAAGAAGAACAAGGAGCACUACAUUCUCGCGACGGCGGACGCGCCGGCCGCGGCGGAGAAGGAGAAGGAGCGGGCGGCGAUCGCGGCGGGCAAGAAGCGCAAGCGCGGCACGGACCGCGAGGCCGAGACCGCGAUCCAGAAGUCCCGGGAGCUGCGCCAGGGCGCGCGCGCCAUCCCCGGCGUGCCGAUCGUGUAUGUCAAGCGCUCGGUCAUGGUUCUGGAGCCCAUGAGCGGCCCCUCGGAGGAUAUCCGCGACGGCGUCGAGCAAGGGAAGUUCCGGGCGGGAUUGACUGAGGAGGCGCGGAAGAAGGCCGAGGCUAAGGCGGCGGCGGCGGCCUCGGGAGAUACCAAGAACAGCAGUAGCAGCAGCAAGAAGCCGGGGAUGAAGAAAGCCAAGGGGCCCAAUCCGUUGAGUAUGAAGAAGCCGAAGAAACGGACUGCCGAGGGUGGUGCGACGGCGGCGGCGCCGCCUCGGCCCAAGCGGAAGGACGCUGACGCUGAUGGGGCCGAGGGGGGCGUUGCGGCGGAGGAAGGAGUCGAUGGUGAUGCUGCUGCGCCCAAGGCGAAGCGCAGACGUCGUCAUCACAACAAGGGUGCUAAACAGGAGGAUGGCAAUGAAGCUGGCGAGUCCGUUGCUGCGGCUCCGGCUGCGGGCGAUGCCAUGGAGGAAUAA